GUUCGAGAUGAAAUUUCGAUCUUUUAAAAUAAGAUAAUUUAUGUUCUAUACAUAAUUAUAUUUUUUUUACAUAACUCUAAAAUCUCGGACUUGAUUCUUCAUAUUUUAUUAGUUAAUUAUGUUACAUAUAAUAGAAAUACUUACUUCAAACUAAAAAUAUAUAAAAAAAAAUAAAAUUUAAAAAUUAGUUAUAUAUAAUUUAAUAUACAAAAAUUCAUAUACAAAUAAAAAUAAUAAAUAUAACAAAUUUAAAUAUAUUAUCCGCGCGGAGAAAGGAUCUAGUGAUCGUAAAGUCUAAAAACAAGUUCACGCGCCCUCUCCAUGUAUAAUUUUAUGCUCAUCGAGGCAGUCGAUUAAUGAAUAUUUCCGUAAUAUUAUAUCAUAUAUGUAUAUUAACAGCAACCAUAAAAUAAAAAAACGAUAUCCCCUUCCUCCUCCUUGCAGCCUAUAAAUGAUUGCCCCCCUUCUCUUAUCUCAUUACCAGAGUAAAGAACAAAACUUCUAUCUUUUAUAUACUCUAUCUCUCUCUACAAAAUGGAUUCGAGGACUCUGGUGCUACUGCUGCUCUUUUGCCUCAUGUUCCUGCAUGGUGCUUCUGAUAUCACUCACGCCAAUGCCAAUGUUCAUGCACUUCCCAUUCGCAAGAUGAUGGUAAUGAAGAAGGAUAAUGAAUGGGGAGGAGCAAAUCGAAUUGAAGAAGAGAAGGAGAAGGUUUUCGGGUUAAAUGAAGAGCUAAGGACUGUCCCUUCAGGACCUGACCCUUUGCACCAUCAUGUGAACCCCCCAAGAAAGCCACGAACCGACUCUCAUAUCCCUUAAACCUCCUUUCUUUUGUUUUUUUUUUUAUGUAUUUCGUAUUGUAAAUUAACUCUGCUGUUUAAUCGGUUUCAUGUUGAGGGAUUUUCUGUUUUAUCCCUCGCUUUCCCUAAGGUUGUGAUGAUAGUUAAUGUCAGAUAAGCACCACUUUUGUUUCCCAUGGAUCUAUUUAGGAACCGCAUUUUGAUGUAUUGGCGACAAAUUAAAAACUUCUUCAAGACAAUAUUAUAUGCCGUUGGGGAAUGUAUUAGUACUUUUGCG